CUGGAAUUUUUUGGUUUGUACUUUGAGCAUAAAUAUUAUUUGUAGAAUGCAAAGAGAAAUUUAGCCUUUUGGUCUUGUGAAAAUUAGAAUUUCCGAACCUAAUAUCCUGUUCAAAUGUUGCCUCAUCUGGAGUCUCUCUCUUUUACACACACGCAUGCACGCGCGCGACACACACACACACACACACACACACACACACACACACACACACACACACACAUGUUUGUACUUCUAUCUUAGUGAGGACAUCCAUAGGCGUAAUGCAUUUCCUAGAGCCUUACCCUAACCUUAACCAUCACAACUGAUUGCCUAAACUUAAUCCUUACCCUAACCCUAACCAAACCUCAAUUCAUACCUGUUCUCUAAAAACAAGUCUUCACCCUCAAACAUGGCUGUUUCAAAGUGAGGACCGGUCAAAAUGUCCUCACUUUGUAAAAAUGUCCUCACUUUGAUAGUUAAAUGCAGAAAAUGGUUCUCACAAUGUAGCAAGUACAAGUACACACACACACACACACACACACACACACAUGUUUGUACUUCUAUCUUAGUGAGGACAUCCAUAGGCGUAAUGCAUUUCCUAGAGCCUUACCCUAACCUUAACCAUCACAACUGAUUGCCUAACCCUAAUCCUUACCCUAACCCUAACCAAACCUCAAUUCAUACCUGUUCUCUAAAAACAAGUCUUCACCCUCAAACAUGGCUGUUUCAAAGUGAGGACCGGCCAAAAUGUCCUCACUUUGUAAAAAUGUCCUCACUUUGAUAGUUAAAUGCAGAAAAUGGUACUCACCAUGUAGCAAGUACAAGAACACACACACACACACACACACACACACACACACACACACACACACACACACACACACACACUGAGGCUUUAAAAAGCAGGCACAGCUCAGUCGCAUCACAACUUGUUGCUUCAGCAGCAGCAGUGACACACGUGGAGCAGCAGCGGGUGUUUUCGCUCCCUCGGAUCCGGCGGAGAUGAGGUCUGCAGCGGCUAUCUGCUUGUCUUUGCUCCUCGGUUUGUGCAGCUCUGACCGGACAGCAGCGCGACUCAACGACUCCUCUCUCCUGGCAGAGGCUCUGUUUCCCCGCACGGAGCGCUUACUGAAUGUUUCGGGACAGUUGGGGAACCGGACCUCGGGCUUUUUCCUCCUGGACUUUGAUGAGGAGACCCUGGAGGGCUGGCGCUCUCUGGCCAGCAGGAAGAGCAGCGGAGAGGAGUCGCAGUGGGGCGGCGUGAAGGCGCUGCUGGUGGCCGCCUACUCCCUCAUCAUCGUGGUGUCCCUGUUCGGAAACACCCUGGUGUGCCAUGUGAUGAUCAAAACCAACAGAACCCAGACCUCCACCCGCUUGUUUAUUCUGAACCUGGCCGUGGCUGACAUCUUCAUCACUGUCCUCAACACACCUUUCACUCUGGUCCGCUUCAUGAACAGCACCUGGGUGUUUGGGAGGACAAUGUGUCACAUCAGUCGCUUUGUGCAGUACUGCUCCCUGCAUGUGUCCACUCUCACACUUACUGCCAUCGCUCUGGACCGCCGAAAGGUGAUUUUGUACCCUUUGAGACCUCGCAUGUCUCCAGUGCAAGGUGGAGUUUGGGUCACUGUUAUCUGGAUAAUGGCCAGCUGUUUCUCCCUCCCACAUGCAAUCUACCAAAAACUCCUGACGUUUACAUACAGUGAGGAGAAAGAGCGCAGCUUGUGUAUCCCAGACUUCCCAGAGCCGUCGGAUGUCUACUGGCAGUACAUCGACCUCCUGACCUUCAUCCUGCUUUACGUGCUGCCGCUCCUCAUCAUCACUUCCUCCUACACCACAGUGGCCCGUCGGCUGUGGCGCCACAACGCCAUCGGUGACAUCACCACAGAUCAGCACGCCACCCACAGAAAGAAGCGCCAGCGGACGUUGGCCAUGCUGCUGCUGGUGGUCGGGGUGUUUGCUGUCUGCUGGUUUCCCCUCAACUGCUACGUGGUGCUGCUGUCCAGCCAGGCCAUCCACUCCUCCAACGCCCUGUACUUCUGCUUUCACUGGCUGGCGAUGAGCUCCACCUGCUACAACCCGUUCAUCUACUGCUGCCUGAAUCCCACCUUCCGCCAGGAGCUGCGGCUGCUGUUUGGCAGGUGCAGGAGGAAACGGAGGGUGGUGGUCGGGAUGGAGCUGGAGCAUCGCCCUGCGGCUGCCUGUGCUCCCUGUCAUAGACCCGCCUGGCCGGACGACCACGAGCCGCUGCGGUCGAGCCACGGUUUGUCACACCCGGGUCAGGGCUCCUCGCAGCAGAGUCACUCUUCAUCCAGUCAGUCCCACAACCUGAAAGAUGCUCAUGUGCUCUUCACUGCCCAGCAGGCCCUGACAGGGAGGACUGACAUCCUCUCAGUGGAGCCCAUGGUGGCUGUGAGCUGACUGGAGACGGCUGCUGCAGUUCUGAUAGGACAAACAUGAGUACUUGGGAUUUUACAUCUGUUUCAGGAUAUUGUACCUAGCUAGCACAGAAUUUUAAAACCAGCAGAAAUAGAGGACAAGCUUUUUUGAUGACUUUCAUUGAGAAAAGCUCAGAACAGUUUCUCCAUGGUGACAUAUGGAUUUUCUCUGACCGUACGCCUUUUAACCAUUCUUUCUUGGGGCCAUUCUUUGUUGGGCACUCAGCCUUUGAAAACGGAAAUACGGCAUCUGCCUUGGAGCUUGGAUGAUGUUCCUCAGCAAAUGGAGUUGAUCCAGUGGUUCAGGUUCAAUUAUCUUUUUUCUGAGUGCUUCUGAAAGGCUUUUAUAAUUCUCUGAAUAAAAUCCUAAAAGUUAAUUUUUAGCAAUGGAAACAUCCUGUUUACAGCUGCAACACUGACAUUAUGACCCGGUGUGGGUGCAGUGCAAUGUAGGACUGUUAAAUGCUUUGCUUUGUUUAGUUUGCAUCAACAACUAAAAGCCCGUCAAAAAGAGUCAAAAUGGAAAAAUGGGUUCAAACUUUUGAACCCACUGGAUAACUGUCGGUUUAAUGUUGUUUGUUCAUAUUCAGGUUGUUGCUUUAGACUAUGAGUUUUGAUUUUAGAAAAUUAAAAAGAACAAUAAUAAUUUGUAGGUGCUUAAUGGUGCAGUCCAACAACAAGCAUAAAACACAGAAAUUUUAGAUUAGAAUAUUGAGUCAUUGUUUAUUUUUGGACAAAAUGAAACUAACCAAGACAUAAUCAUUCAAAAAUAAAAACUUGAGACAAUUAUCCAUUUGUAAAACAUCCAUCCAUCCAUUAUCUAUACACCGCUUAAUCCUCAUUAGCGUCAUGGAGGGCUGGAGUCUAUCCCAGCUGACUUAUUGUGAACACAGGGGACAACCUGGACAGGUCACCAGUCUAUCUAAUAUUGUAAAAUUAAUGAAAAAAAGUAACUUGAUGACUUUUUCAAACCCCCUUUUCAUGUGAUUCAUUUCCAUGAUGUGUCCUUUGUCUAGAACAUCUUGUGAAACAUCAAGCAUUGAUGUGAUGAUGGUGUUCUGAUGUAACAGUGCUUCUUUUCUUUCUUCUGGUAGUGAAGCUGCCAGUGGCGGUUUAUCACGGAGGCCAAGGGAAGCCUGGCUUCCCCAAAAAAUAUGCAAGAAAGAAAAAAUAUAAAUAAUCUUCACCACUAUGUAUUUUAUGUUUUAUAUUUUUGUCAUUCCUUGUUGUCAAAACACUACAUAAGGCAUUUCUGCUUUGUGAGGAGCAAAACAGCGCCCCUUUUGUCAAGCUCAUUUUGGGCAUUACACUACGUCUCUCAUGCCCUCUGCGCUGUCUGCCUGUUCCAGGCGUAAACUAACUGUGAUGUCACCUGUUGGUUUCAACGUCGAUAAAAUGAAGCCCGGAUUUUGCUACUUCCUGGUCGCCGUUUUGGAUUUUUUGGAGCCAGUGAUGUAAAAAGCAUCAUCAAACAGACGGGACCGGAGAGCAACUAGGGGCAGGAUUGGCUGAGGACUCUUAUCCCGCCCACAUUUUACUGCAGAAGCUUCUGUUGCUGUCUAUCAAGUAUAGCCACGCCCCCUGUCUCCGCCAACUUUAACGAUUUAUUUAAAAUUCAGUAUUGAUUUAUUUUAAGAUCGGCCACCUGAUCUCUCAUUUUGACAAUGAAAACUAACGGGAAAAAAAUCCUGAGUUGUAGAAAAUCAGUCUAUCAAAUUUUAUUUUUUCCAAAAAUGAAUUGGGGUCUAUGGAGCAAAAGCUUUCUGGAGCCAACCCUAGCGGACGGCAUGAUAUUGCAAGUUUUUGACACUUCCGGGUUGGCUUCAAUUCUGGAGCCAGAUGCUACGUCCACUAUAUAUACAGUCUAUGGUCUGUUCAGAGGCCAGCUUCGCCUUGCCUCCCUUAGAGAAAAAAACAGCCCGUAUUAGCCAAUCAGAUUGAAGCAAGGCUCAUCGCUUAAUGGUCGUUGCAUCAUUAAAAAAAACAUAAGGGAGGCCAGAUCAAAUCUGGCUUCCAACCAAUCACAAACUGUGAUGAACAAUACCCACACUAAUGCAGCUGUCCCGCCAGGUGCCAGCAAGCCCAGACAGCAAGUAUAGCCAUCAAGCUAGCCAGAGAAUGGAUGGUGACAGGGACCUUGAGUUUCUUGUAAAAAAUUACUUCACAAAACUUCCUUUUGAAGUUCAACUACAAGUCAAAAGGGACGGUAGGCCAACUCCAAAGCUCAAUGUAAGUAAGUGUAGAGCUAAUGGAAAAGCUCGCUCUUUUUGUGAAGCUAACUAUGUCAGAAACGAGUGGCUAACGGGAAGUGCCAAGCUUAACCGGCUUUUCUGCUGGCCAUGUCUCCUAUUUGACCAGUCUACCGGCUCCCUGAACAACCCCUGGAGCACUUAACCUCUUUUUUUUUCACUGAAAUGAAUGAGAAGUCGGUAGAAUAGAGGUACUGUAACAGUAGGCUGAUUUGUUUACAUGAAAAUAACAGUUAAAACACCGAAUCUAAUUUGUUGUUCACACUGGCUUCCUCGGUAAUUUUGGUCACGGGCCGCCACUGGAAGCCGCAGAGAUAAUUUUCCAUUAAUCUUUGACAAACUGUGACAACUCCCACUUCUCCCCCCAACCCACCCCCCAACAAGAUUUAUCAGCAACUGACAGAAGAUUUUCCUUUACAACUCUAGUUUGCCCUUCUGCACACAAGGACCGAUUCUCAGCGGUCUUAUUAUGUUGACCUGCUGAGAAUAAAAUAAUUUCGUAUUUAUCUGGAGGCCACUUUGAACGCGCCCUGCUGCCCAAGCUUUUUUACUUUAUCGUUUGACUUUGAGUUACAGUAUUUAUAGAAUAUGCACAAAAAGUAAAAUAACAUGAAACCCCCACCUUUACGUUAAUCUCAGUUUAUAGUAUCACUGUGCUGUUUAGGUUCUCUGAGAUUAAAGCCGACAGUUACAGGAUGAUAAAAUCCUAAACUGACAAUCUAAGCUACACUACGACACAUGUCCGGUAGUUAUCUUUAAGGGACCAAAGACUGCUCUAAAUUUUUCAUCAUGGAGCUGCUACUGCCACCAGCAUCUAAGAAACCAACCAAUAAAAACUCAUGGAUUUGUACGGAAUACACUGGUGAAAAUUUCACAGGUAAAAUUUAAAAUGAAAUUUGAAAAUUCUGACUGUCUCUCUUGCACACACAAGCCAAAAUAAUGAAGGCAUAAAAGUAGUUGUGACUCACUUCUUUGCUGUUUUGCUGUAUUUAUCAAAUGCGAGAGCUCUCAUAUCUGCUUUUUUCAUUUAGAUGGGAGAGCUAUGAUUCACCGUACAUUCACUGCACAGUCUGACAUCAAUCAGUGGAAAUCAGUGUGACCAAGAAUUAUUUGGUCCCACCGUGACAUGCAGAUAGCUUGUGUGCUUUUCCAUAUAUAUAGUGUACAGUUAUGCAAUUUUGGUUAUACUCAAGAAAGUAACAUCCAAUGUGGUGCAGUGGAUGCCAGAUUGGUAGGUAUAAUGUACAUCCAUCUUUCAGUUGAUAUUUUUAUUUGAUGUUAUUUUCUAUGUUUGUAUUUUUGUGUGUAACUCAGGAACACAACAUUUCCUACAGUGUUUGCAGAAAAGGAACUAUCUCUAUAGCUUCUUUUCAAAGACAGAAUACCGGAAUAAAAAUACAAAAGAGGCAAAUCUGAACACAUGAAGGAUUUCUGCUUUUAGAAAUGGUAUGACUAAUGCUCUUCAAUUUUUUUCUUCAUCCAUUUAAAGACCUUACUCAUGGUUACAUUACCCUGACGUUGAGGGUAAGCAAACUGCGUAGGCCUGCAAUUAAUACACAUAAAAAUAUGUGCUAGAUACAUUUCCUUACCCAGAGUCAUUGUUGCCACAAAAUUUGCAAUGUGUAGACACCAUUUUGAUCCAAUUCAUACAUACAAUGAGUGUGUUAUCAUAGCACGUCAGAUGCAAGAGCGUGACUUAAUUAAACAGCAAUUUUGUGCAAUUUUGUCGUAGCUAUCACCGUUUUUUUCUGUGAAAAAUAUGCGUUAUGUGUACUCAACUUUGGAGCUGUAAAGUCACUGUGCUGGAAUGAAACAUGUUGAAAGUAUAUUGUUGCCAGUGGGUUUUAGAACAAGCAAAGAGAAAAAAACCUAAUUUUAUGGCUAAGAAGGAAAAAAAUAGGAUUUGAACAGAUGCAUGUGUGUCUACUUGUGUUCUAUGAAAGUAAAACCGGAUAUUGCUUGAUGUUUCUCCCCUUAACUGACAAAUUGUUUGCUUUAUUUCACUAUUUCUGUAAAUAAUCAGUGUGAUAGAAUAACAUCUUUGCAACUUUGUCUCAUUUCACUGUGAUGUUUCAGGAAUGUGAAAUGUUGUUAAUGCUUUUUUCGGUGUUUCUUUGUUUUUGAACGACUGUUAAUUGGAAUAUUUUGCUGUCCUUUGUAAAGUCUUACUGUCAUGGCACCCCUUAAUCUGUAAGAGAAAAUAUAAUAAAUAAACACAUUUUCUUUAAAGGUUCA